GACGCGUUUCCGGUGCACGGUUCCCGGAGCCCUCGACGUGUGAGCAGGGGUGGUCCUGGUGUGCUCGGAGGGGAAGGCCUUCCUCGAUCUAUUUAUUUUCGCUCUUCUCUCCCCUCCCACGCAUUUCACGUCGAUGUGUGUGUUUCGUGAACGUGGUGCCGGACGCUGGCGGAUCUCCCGGAGCCUUUAGGUGUCGACUCGAACCCCGGGACGCCCCCGUCGCUUCGCUCGCCCGUCGACACGUCCCGACGCCCAGCUGAUCGCUUCUCCGGGACCCGUUCGAUUCCUCCGCUUCCGACGCUCGGUUCCGCUCGACCGGAGGAUUCCUGCGGUCCGCUCCGCCUCCGGCCCGUGGACCGUAAGACAAAGAGGACAUUUAUCCGUGUUUGUGGAUCGUUGUCCCCCAGGGAUCGACCAGGCCCCGGACUCAUCCUCCAGCCUCGCGUUUCCUCAUCGCUUCUUUCCUUGUGUCGGAGUCAUGGGAGACACCAGCGAGCGAAGCAAGCCUCCGGGGCUCCCUCCGCGCUGCCCCUGCGGAUUCUGGGGGUCCAGUAAAACCAUGAACAUGUGCUCCAAAUGUUUUGCUGACAUCCAGAAGAAGCCGCCAGGAGAGGACUGCACCUCCAAGCCUAUCCAAAGCACUGGGAGUAGCCAAUCAACCAUUUUCAGUAGCGAGACGAGCAGUAGCAGUAGCCAGUCCCUAUUGUCGUCGCCGCCCUCUAGCUCUGAGCAACCAUCGGCCGAAGAGCCCUCGCCAACGUUUCCCAGCACGAGGGAAGGCGCGUCGUCCACAGAAACAGCCCAGGGCACACUCUGCACACCCACAAAACGUCCACGAGAAUCAGCCUCGGGCUCGGAGGGCGAGGCGACGCCAGAGAAGCGGCCUCGGACAGACGAGAAAGAGGGGAGCAGCGAGGAGGCCCGCGGGACGCCCAAGCAGAAGAACCGCCGGCGCUGCUAUCGCUGCCAAACCAAACUAGAGCUGGUGCAGCAGGAACUGGGCUCCUGCCGCUGUGGCUACGUAUUCUGCAUGCUCCACCGUCUACCUGAGCAGCACGACUGCCUGUUCGACCACCUGGGCCGCGGACGCGAGGAGGCCGUCCUCAAGAUGGUGAAGCUGGACCGCAAGGUGGGCCGCUCGUGCCAACGCAUCGGGGAGGAGUGCUCCUGAUUGGUCACGCCGUGUCCAGCCAUCCAGUGAAGAGAUGAGGCGCUUACUAAGAGGAGGAGGAGGAGGUGGAGGGAGAGCGAGGAGGAAUGACAAA